CUGCCCAACACAGUACAACUCAGCUCUGUGUCCUCACACACACACACACACACAGGCAGGCGCACGCGCGCACACAUACUGCGGCACGGGGUGCAAUGGGGGAGGACAGACCUGGGGUAAAAGAGCGAUGACGUGCUGGUGACGUGUAUCAGGGAGGUUUAAUCCACUGUGUGUGUGUGUGAGAGUGUGUGUGUGUGUGUGUGAGUGUGUGUGUGAGAGUGUCUGCACUGCUGCUGCCGCUGCAGCAGAUCGAGCCGGUAAGGCGAGGAGGGGCUGGCGGCUAAAAACAGCAGCAGCAGCGACGACCCUCCGAUCAGCCGCGCGGAGAGACGAUCAGAGACACACGGCCUCCGCCGCAGAUAACGAAAAUAAAGGCGAGCUGGAGCUCUUCCUCUGCGGAGCGCGUGAAGUGGAGGAAGUUAGUGAGGUUAGCUGGCUAAAGAGGCGAUGCUAUAGCUAGAGGUCACUGUGCGCUUUUUAUCCCCUUCAUUCAGAGAGAAGACUCGCCGCCUCGCGCUUUUCUUUAUCGCAUCCGGACGCAAAUAAAUGGGUGAUUACGGCUUCGGUUUGCUGCACACGGCGAGUAUCAGCAGCAGCAGCAGCAGCACCAGCGCCGCGCUCCUGUUCGGCGGAGCCGCCUUUCGCUCGCUGUCCGGCUCCUCCUCCUGCCCGCUGGCCCCGGCCCCCUGCCCUCCUCUCUUCGCCGAUGAUCCCGCGGGGCUGAGCGGCCCGCAGCAGCUCACCGACGGCGGCGUCGGUGACAGGGAAGACGCCGGCGACGCCACAACCGCAGCACUAGCGUUAGACUUCAAAGCGCAGGCCCCGUUUUGCCCCGCGCGUGACCUUCAGGACCCAAAACCACCCCCACCUUCCUCAACCUCCUCCUCAUCUUCAUCCUCCUCAUCAUCCUCCUCCUCCCCUUCAUCAUCCUCCUCAUCCUCCUCCUCCACCGUGAGCGCAGAGCUCCGGCAGCAGCUCGCCUACAAACAGCAGCAGCAGCCGUACGAGGCGGACGCUCCGCCGGCUGACCUCUCCGCCGGUUCUCCCCCCCUCCACAGGCACCUCCAGAUGGACUCCGCCGCCGCACACCUGCUCAGCAACGGCGCCGGGGUCCUCUCCCUGGGAGCGGCCUUCUCCAGCAGCCUCCCCCUCCAAGACAUGGCCAACCCCGGCGGUGUGAGCGGCCCGGCCUCGCCUCCUCUCCCCGGCUUCGCCGCUCCGUGGUCGGUGCACACCAGCUCCCCUCCCCCAGGCCCCCAGCCGCAGCCCCCGCAGCCUCAGCCGCCACCUCCUGGCUCCAACCCGAGCAACAGCGAGCCCGACAGCAGCUUCUACCCGGCCCUGCCCUCCUCCAUGAGCCCCGGCUUCUUCCAGAGCUUCUCCCCGGUGCCGGCGAGCCCGUGCGCCGCUGUCAGUGUGCAGGGCUUCGGCGGGCCCUUCUCCCCGCAGCAGCCGCAGCCGCCGCCUCCCCCGCCGCAGAGCCGCCGCUCCCCGGGCAGCCCUCACAUGGCCUCGCAGCAGCACGGAGCCUUCCUGCAGCAAAGGAACAACUACAACCAUCAUCAGCCCCUGAUGAAGCAGUCUCUGUGGGGUGGUCAUCAGGGCAGUGGUUGGAGCUCUGGUGGGAUGUCCUGGGGCAGAGACCACCGCCGUGGAGGGGGUAUGGGCGUGCCCGGUUCCCUUAGCCAGAUCUCCCCCAUGAAGAAGCCGUUCUCCAGCAGUGUCAUUGCCCCACCGAAGUUCCCCCGUUCCACUGCCUCGCUGGGACCCAAGACCUGGGUGGAGGAGAAUGUAUUCCGCACCGACAACAACAGCAACACUCUGCUGCCUCUGCAGGACCGGAGCAGAAUGUACGACAGUCUUAACAUGCACUCACUGGAGAGCUCUCUGAUUGACAUCAUCCGGGCAGAGCAGGACCCUCUCAAGGGCCGCAUGGGAUGUCCACAUCCUGGGGGCGAUGGUCUGCUCAUGCUCAAUGCAAGGAGCUAUGGGAGACGACGAGGUCGCUCCUCCCUGUUUCCCAUCGACGAUGGUCUUCUUGACGACGGGCACGGCAAUCCGGGGGUUCCUGGGGUUCUGGGCUCUCCCAACUACCCUCAUCAGAAUGGGGAGCGCAUUGAGAGGUUUUCUCGUAAAGUGUUUGUGGGGGGUCUGCCCCCAGAUAUAGAUGAAGAUGAGAUCACAUCCAGUUUCCGGCGUUUUGGACACCUGGUAGUUGAUUGGCCACACAAAGCAGAGAGCAAGUCCUACUUCCCUCCAAAAGGUUACGCCUUUCUGCUGUUCCAAGAGGAAAGCUCUGUGCAGGCGCUGAUCGAGGCCUGUCUGGAGGAGGAUGGAAAGCUCUACCUGUGUGUGUCCAGCCCCACCAUCAAAGACAAGCCAGUUCAGAUCCGCCCGUGGAACUUAAGUGACAGUGACUUUGUGAUGGACGGCUCCCAACCUCUCGACCCCCGCAAGACCAUCUUUGUGGGUGGAGUGCCACGCCCUCUGAGAGCAGUUGAGCUGGCUAUGAUCAUGGACCGUCUGUACGGGGGCGUGUGCUACGCCGGGAUCGACACUGAUCCCGAGCUGAAGUACCCAAAGGGGGCGGGGCGUGUGGCUUUCUCCAAUCAGCAGAGCUACAUCGCGGCCAUCAGCGCCCGAUUUGUCCAGCUGCAGCACGGAGACAUUGACAAACGAGUGGAAGUGAAGCCAUACGUGCUUGACGAUCAGCUGUGUGACGAGUGUCAGGGGGCUCGCUGCGGAGGGAAGUUUGCACCCUUCUUCUGCGCCAACGUCACCUGCCUGCAGUACUACUGCGAGUUCUGCUGGGCCAACAUCCACUCACGCGCUGGCCGUGAGUUCCACAAGCCUCUGGUUAAGGAAGGAGCUGACCGUCCCCGCCAGAUCCACUUCCGCUGGAACUAGCGGGAGGCUGGAACUAGCAAAAGGCUGGAACACCAGGCGACGUGGUUCGUACAGCAAGAAGAAGAAAAGUGCUUUGAGCCCAAGCUAUCAGUAUAGAGCACCUAACAGUAUACAGUAUAUAAGAGAUCUAUUAAUAUAUUUAUCUUUAUCUUUUGUAGCAGCCAGAAACACUACAUGCCUCGGUUUUUGGGUUUUGUUGUUUUGUUGUUUUCACUGACCCCCCACCUCACCUUCUGCUCCUCCUUUCCUCUCCUCUCUCUGACCCCACCCUCCACCACUGCAUCUCAGGCUGAGAACGGCAUGUUUUUGUGGUACUUGUUGUUUUCUAAAACAGAAAAAGGAGAUUAAUGAAAGAGAUUGAUUUUUUUGUAGUUUUUUCAAAUUAUUUUUAUAUGUGAGAUUUAACGAGUAAAAACAAGUAGAUGCGGAAUGUUUUUUGCUUGGGGGGGCAGUCAGCUUGUCCGUCUGUCCGUCUGUCUGCUGCUAACCCCCGUGUUGGUGGGCAAAGUGUGCAGUUGCCUCUGUAAAACCCUCGAUGACGUAGUAAUCUCUGACGCCUGCCCUGGGUCUUCAACCAAAGGUAGUAAUAAACGACAGGAGGCAUGAAAUCAAGGCAUUUCUGCCGUAGAAAAACGAUAUUAAUAUGUUUCUCCCCUCUCUGUUGUAUUUAUGUGCUCUUAAUAUAUACGAUUUUAGUACGAUUCUGAAAAAGAAGAUUUAAAAUUUCGCUCUCCUGUUUUUUCUGACCUGCAAGACGAUUUAAUACCUCAGACCUGCGGAUCUGGUUUGUUGUUGCUCUACUCAGCAAUUUAAUCACAAGCUAUAUGAGACGCUUUGCUGCUAUAAUUCUGAUACAGUUAAUAGGUAUAAUAGUCGUGAUAUCUAAACGGCAUCUUUAACGGAAUUGCGUGGGGGAAAAAUCAAAAACCGAAAUGCAGUGUGAAGAAUGGAAUGUGAAAAAAAAAAGCAUAAGUGCAUGUUCGUCGUCUUUGCAUCGUUUUGCAUGCGGUAGGCCUUAGAGGUUUCCAACACGUAUAGGAACGAGAAAACAUUAAAAGACACAUAAGAUUCGUUUUUACAGAUAAACGCAACACUAUGUAGCAUGAGAGACAUAAAAAAAAGAUAGACUCUCAAGUUUAAGAUUAUAUCAAGAACAGUGAACAUUAAGAAGUACUAAGUUGAAAAUUCUUACUAACGACCUUUGCAUGCAUUGAUGUGAUAAUUUGUUUACAUACAUUGUUCUACAAGUAAACAUUAGUUUUUAGGUUAGCAACGCCCUCCCCCACCUUCCCCCCGUCUUUUUCGUAUGUAUCGGUGGUUAGUGAAGAAGCCGUGUGCUGUCCUGUGCUCGUGUGUCUCGUCUACGUGUUGUGUGACUCUAGUAGUUCCGUGUGGAUUCAGGAUUUAGUUUAGUUAUGACUUGGAGGAAACAUCUCAGCAUCUUUGCCUUCGCCCCACUUGACCUCACCCACCUACUGACCUACCCCUUGUAUGCCAUAAUGCCCUGUAAGGCUGAAAGGCUCCACUCACAUAAACCAAGUUAUCCAUUACUGUAGGUGUGAGAAAAUUCUAGAAGGAAGCUUUUUGUUCUAAUGUGGACAGAAGCUGCCAUCUCUUAAAGGACUCUGUCUGUCCUUUGCUCUAGGCUGUGCUGUCCUUCAGCUUAUCAGCACGUGUGAUUGUUUGAUAAAUGUACAAAAAAAGUAAUGAAUAAUCAGUAGAUGUAGAUGUACAAAUAUAGGUGGAGAUGGACCUAAAAGCCCUGGAGAGUUAUGAAAAAUGCAACCCAAUCAAUAUUUUUUUAAUGUAAUUGUGUUUUUAUUGUUUUGUUUUUAGUAGAAGUGAAUCAUUCAUUUUGGUCUGCACAAUUCUCGCUGUCCUGUUCCCUCAUUGUAAUCAAGUGCAAGUCUGUGAGACAGUGUUAGGGACAAUCUUUCUGUAAGCAAUGGAUGCUGUUCUGUUUAGCAGCACUUUGGUACUGUAUUCAUUCUCGGUUGUCUUUCAUUAGCUUAUCUAGAUUAGCUAGCUGACUUUCUAAAUGCUAUAAUAAACUAGCUAGCUAGCUGGCUAGAUAGAUAGCUGCUAGCUGUCUCUGUAUACUGUCUUUGAUUGCUUAGUAGCUAGUUAGCUUAUAGCUCUCCGUACUCACUUAUGGCUUUAUAUCUAUACAUCUAAGCUAGGCAGCUAGCAAACUGUGAGCUAGCUUAGCAAACUUUUUAUACUGUUUUUGUUUUGCUUUCUAUGUCUGUCAGAUUAGCUAACUAGCUAGCUAUCUUUCUAUCCUUUCUGUUCUGCUCUCUUAAUCUAUAAGAUUAGCGUAUACUAACUAUUAGCUAGUUAACCUAGCUGUCUUUCUAUAGCUCGUUUCUUUUUUGGCUUUUAACUGCAAGCUAGCUACCUUUUUAUAUGUUCUAUUUUCUUUUAAAUCUAUAACGCUAUCUUUCUAUACUAUCUUUCUUUGGCUUUCUAUAUUUUUCAAACUAGCUAAUCUAACUACCUUUCUAACGCUACACUUUCUUUUUUAAAAAUCUCCAUGUUCACUCUUUUAUGGCUCUCUAGCUAUACCUAUCAAAUAGCUACCUGUACUGUGUCUCUGUACUAUCUCUGGCUUUAUAUAUAGCUAUAUAUAUAUAUACAUAUAUCAGUCUAGCUAUCUAGCUAACUAACUAGCUAGCCGCUAGCUCUCUUUCUGUACUGUCUAUAACUCUGUGUUUGUGGCUUUGGUAAUACGUUCAGUGCCCUGGCGUGCUGUCCUGAGUAUUUGUGAUUUGAUUGUUUACGUGUCUACUGUUACCACAUUGAGAUUUGUGUGUUCUAUUUAUUAAUUUUUUUCUUAUUUAACACAAGUAUUUAUUAUAUGUGGACGUGUCACCCGUCCCUUAGACCAUCAAAUUUUUUUAUCAUGUCAUGAUACUGAUACAUGCACUACUACACUAUAGCUACAUACAUCCCUGGCAGACGAAUGAUAGUACAUUGAAAUCUGUUCUACUGUAUGCUCCAACCCAGCCAGACCCACCAUUUAAAAAGUAUUUAAAAACGUUUCUGUAGCAUUUUUGUCUUUAACUUAUAGGGUCGUUUUAAUUCUACCUUUAAGGACUAUAGCAGAUUAUUUAAUAAUCAAUUUAUUUAACUUAUUUGUCGACAUUGUGCAAGACUGUGGGCCCAGACUUGAUUCUGGCGAGAGUGCUAAUCCAGUUCUGUACUCUGAAAGAGUUUUGGUGAUUCGUGGACAUGAACGAAACCCAAAAGGGUAGACAGACAAACAAAUAAAUGUAGCAUCAGGACUGUAGUGAGCCACGACCCAAAAAAAUCCAUGAAGGAAAAAGGAAAGCGUUUCCUGAACUGAGCCUGUCCAGAACGGCCGAAGAAAACGGCCGCCUUCCGAGAGCGUUCAUAGUGUCACCGUAUCCCUUUAACUCUCUACUGUUGAUGGAGUUCUCGAUCAGUACUGUGUCCUCUUCUCCGUGUGGAGCACUGUUGCUUUGUACACGUGUGUGUGUGUGUGUGUGCGUGUGUGUUUUGUUUUUCUGUGUUUUGUUUUUGUACGAAAUCAUAUUUAUUUCACUAUUUUUGUAGACGACACUUUGAUUUGGAUUGUAUUUUUCUAUUUCACUUAAGAGACACACUUCAUUUCCCCGAUUAUUUAUGAUUCUGUUCUCAAGCAGGGUUUCUGAUGAAAGAUAUUUAAAAGAACGAGAGACAAGACAGAAAGAAAGCCCAAACGGAAGCUUUCUAGAAACACCCAUGCAGUUUAUUGUGUAUAGUGAUAUAUUAAUAUAUAACGUAGCUGGUUUUUAACAUAAUUAAUAUAUAAGUUCAUCAUAGGUUUUAAUUUUACAGAAGAAAACAUUGAGGGUUUCUUUUUUAAUUAUUAUUAUUAUUAUUAUUAUUAUUAUUAUUUUCAUGGAAAACACUUGAGACUCUCCCCGGUUUGCAUCGAGUCCUCACAGGUCUCUCCUCACUGAUGCGCAGAAACUUGAAUAUAACACAUUUUGAAAGGCUGACUAACCUCGAAUCUGUGUUGUGACGUGCAAUACUGUUUCUAAUGUUUGUAUAAAAAGUGAGAAUUACAGUGUAUACCUUUUUAAAUGCAGAUUUAUUUUUUUCAUUGCAUAUUUUGCAAAUUUCUGAUUCACAGUGUCAUUUUUUACUGUCAGAAAAGAUAAACCCCUUUUUUUCAUUGCAACUAUUUUUAAAUCCAGAUAUCUUUGUACUGAUGUAAAUGAUUGUAGUUAUUUUGGAUAGCGUUUUGCUAACAAAAGGAGAAACUUUUUCAUGCAUAUUUCUAUUUCAGUUGAUUUUGUUUUAUUCUUUUUAUUUUUAUUUUACUUUAAUAGUAGCAAAAUACUUGGAAUAAUUUUUCAUAUAUGUCAUUAAUAUUAUUUUGUAUUUUUAUGUGGAAAUAUAUAAAUAUAUAAUUUUAUGAUGCUAAUUGCUAAGAUAUUAUUUUAAUUUGAAUUAUUUUUAAAGCUAAAAAUCUUUGUAAUAUUGUUAAUGUUAACUAGUUUCUAAAUCAGAGUUUGUGUAUAGAUUCCCCCAAGUGGUAUAAGAAGUGUUGGGAUUGUAAUUAUUACUGAAUGGAUCUUUGAUAUGCAAAAUGAAUAUCAUUGUUGAUUUUUAUUUUGGUUUGUUUUGUAUUUAAAUGGGGUGUUGAUUACAAUCUUAUUUCUUUCAUUUCCUGAAUAAAGACCCGUUCUGUUCGGACACA